GCCUGGCUCUUUUCCCGCUGCCCUCCAAUAGUUUCACCUCCCCUUCUUUUCCCCUUGCCUGAGGGAAUCAGUCAAAUCUGUGAAGAGAAGCGGAGCGUUUUGGAACAGUAGAUCUGAUCGUUUAAAGGUCAGUCAUUACAUCGUUUGGUCCCAGUUUUUUCUCCCAUCUUAUAUUUGCCGCUUUGUUUCUUUCUUUUCAAAUUGUAUUUUUGAGCAAUUUUGUAGUUUAUGUUCCAUAAUGCAUGCUGGGUUUGAUUCCACUAUGAAUUCUGAAUUUACGGUUUUAAUGGGUUGAUGGGUUUGGACCCAAAUGUUAAGGGUAUAUUAUUGAAGUGAUGGGUUGAGGUUUUUUUUAGAGGGUGGUGUAUCGUGUCAAGACCUUUGCCCGUUGUUUUUUAGCAUGCGUCUAUGUUGGACAGAGUAUGGAUUUUUCCAGUGUUUGGAUGAUUGGUGAAUUGGUAGACUUGGGCAAUUCUUUUCUGGCAUUGUGAGUUUUGUAGUUAUUGGGAUUAUGUUGUUUUACUGCUUUACUGUUAUGUUAUUUGAUGAUGAUAACGACAGAACUUGAAGUGAAAUCGUCUGUAACUUGGGGGUUCAUGCUUCGUUCCAUCCCAAGGAACUGUUGCCACGGCAUGUUGUCUUUCCUUGCUUGAUGGCUUCACCAAUUAGUAAAUGAAGACUGACUGUUGCCAUAGCAAACCUCAUUUAAAGACUGCCUUGUAGAAACUCAUGAUAUGUUUUCUACAUGGUGUUCUGUGAAUUUUAUUUUGGGUUCUCUCUUCGGAUCGUACUGUUAUGGAGAGAUCUCUAUAUUACUCUCUCCUUAUAACCAUUUAACUUUUAAAUAAAUUAGUGUUCUUUUUAUUACUAAUCCACAAUUUCCAACUUGGACACUUUCAUGAUUGCAAAAUUUGGUAACCUAAGACACCUUCAUGAAACUUAAUACAAGAACAUCCUUUUC